AUGCUUGAAAACGUUGUCGAUGGUCCAUUAUUAUUAUCCUUAACUGCUAGUGAUAUUGUUGAAAUGCGGAUUACAAAUGCACAUCAUUAUGUGACUUUGUCUAGAAGUAUACAAUUUUUGAAGUUAACUGAUUUUAAAUUUGAUGCACUGGAAAGAAGAAUGGAUCAAAAUAUUAUUGAUCGAUAUCCGUGUCCGGAUGUUGUUGUCAGAUGGAGUCAUCAAGCAACUUGUGAAUGGCUCAGAAAAAUUGAUCUCGCCGAGUUUACUCCUAAUUUGUUAUGUGCUGGUGUUCCAGGAGCUCUCAUGGUGAGUUUUUAUUUUACAUAUGAGACUUUUGUUGCGAAAAAUAUCAAAAUAAGAGCGUCAAUUCACUUUGAAAAUAUUCUCGAAAAUGUCAAGAAUAAAACAAAAAGUUUUGAAAUAAUACAGAAUCUCACAAUUAUACACCGGAAAAUCCUGAAUUUUUUAAAAACUCUCUGUCAUUUCAUAAAGCUAACACAAACAAUAUGUUCUAGAUUUACGAGCCAACAUUUACUGCCGAGUCAUUGGCGGAAAUCCUGCAAAUGCCAGCGCACAAAACAUUGCUCCGUCGACAUUUGACAUCUCAUUUCAACCAACUACUGGGUCAAAAAAUAAUUGCGGAUAAACGCGAUUUCCUGACAAAUGGCAAUUAUCCUCAAGUUUCGCCAGCGAUUCGAAUCAAAGUUGUGCGAAAGGGAUUUUCGCUAACUCGCAAGAAGGCAAAGAAUGAGAUUUGUCUGGAACCGGAAGAAUUGUUAUGCCCGGUUCUGUUGAAUCACAAAUAUCCAACAUCAAGUGUAAGUUUCUUAUCCUGAUUUUUCAAUUUUAUACAAUCUCAAAAAUUGUUUUUUUUUUUCAGAACGCUGAAACCAGCUCACUCGAAUCAUCAAACGUGUAA